CUGCUCAGACUUGCUCCGGCCUCCGCGCCCGCGCCCAGCGACGUGCGGGCUGCCCAGCCCGCGCCCUCCCGCGCCAGCCUCCAGCCCCGCACCCCGCGCCGCCGCAGCCGCCGCCCGCCGCCUCCUGCCGCGCGCCCCCGGCAGCGCCGGCCCCAUGCCCGCCGGCCGCUCGGGCCCCGCCGCCCAAUCCGCGCGGCGGCCGCCGCUGCUGCUGCCCCUACUGCUACUCUGCGUCCUCGGGGCGCCGAGAGCCGGAUCAGGAGCCCACAUGGCUGUCAUCAGCCCCCAGGACCCCACGCUCCUCAUCGGCUCCUCCCUGCAGGCCACAUGCUCAGUGCAUGGGGACCCACCAGGCGCCACCGCCGAGGGCCUCUACUGGACCCUCAAUGGACGCCGUCUAGCCCCUGAGCUCUCCCGUGUGCUCAACACGUCCACCCUGGCCCUCGCCCUGGCCAACCUCAACGGAUCCAGGCAGCAGUCUGGUGACAACCUCGUGUGCCAUGCUCGCGACGGCAGCAUCCUGGCGGGCUCCUGCCUCUAUGUUGGCUUGCCCCCAGAGAAACCCUUCAACAUCAGUUGCUGGUCCAAGAACAUGAAGGACCUGACAUGCCGCUGGACGCCGGGGGCCCACGGGGAAACCUUCCUCCACACCAACUACUCUCUCAAGUACAAGCUGAGGUGGUACGGGCAGGACAACACGUGUGAGGAGUACCACACGGUGGGACCUCAUUCCUGUCAUAUCCCCAAGGACCUGGCUCUCUUUACCCCCUAUGAGAUCUGGGUAGAGGCCACCAACCGGCUGGGCUCAGCCCGCUCCGAUGUGCUCACGCUGGACAUCCUGGAUGUGGUGACCACGGAUCCCCCACCCGAUGUGCACGUGAGCCGUGUUGGGGGCCUGGAGGACCAGCUGAGUGUGCGCUGGGUUUCCCCACCGGCCCUCAAGGACUUCCUCUUCCAAGCCAAGUACCAAAUCCGCUACCGAGUGGAGGACAGCGUGGAUUGGAAGGUGGUGGACGAUGUCAGCAACCAGACCUCGUGCCGCCUGGCCGGCCUGAAGCCAGGCACAGUCUACUUCGUGCAGGUGCGUUGCAAUCCCUUCGGGAUCUACGGCUCCAAGAAGGCAGGGAUCUGGAGUGAGUGGAGCCACCCCACGGCCGCCUCCACCCCUCGUAGUGAGCGCCCGGGCCCGGGCGGCGGGGCGUGCGAGCCGAGGGGCGGCGAGCCGAGCUCGGGGCCGGUGCGGCGCGAGCUCAAGCAGUUCCUGGGCUGGCUCAAGAAGCACGCCUACUGCUCGAACCUGAGCUUCCGCCUCUACGACCAGUGGCGAGCCUGGAUGCAGAAGACACACAAGACCCGCAACCAGCACAGGACGAGGGGAUCCUGCCCUCGGGCAGACGGGGCACGACGAGAGCGUUUACCUAACCACCCAGUGGUCGCCUGGUCCUGUGGCCUUCAGCCUAGUAAAAGCAUCUGACCCCCGAAAAUGUCCAAAGUGGAAUAUAAUCCUCAGGAAUGAACAUACUCGCCCCAGUAUGAGCGCCUACUGCAUGCUCACUCUGCGCCAAGAGUUUUACCCACAGGGUACCCCUUGGGACAAUUAUUCCUACUUCUCAAAUGGGGGAAACUGAGGCCCUGAGAGGGGGCAGUACCCUACCAGAGGUCCCCAAGCUGAAAGUGAUGGGGCCAGGACCUGAACUGGGGCUUCCUCGAUUGCUCUGUGGUACUGGCCCCUCCUAUACUCCCUGCUUAGCUUGGCUUCC